AUGUUAGCGAGAAUUUCAGCUGGGGUUUCUAUCGAUGAGUCUACCUGUCGCGAAACGGGACACUCAACAAAAAUAUGCCAUACUGCACAACCUGUUGACCCCGACUUAACUGCAAAGUUAUUAGGGCGAGGUGUAGCUGUUUCACCAAUCGUAACCGUUGAGCCAAGGAGGCGAAAAUUCCAUAAAGCCAUUACUCUAAGCAUGCCUGCGCCUAAAGCCCAUAGCCAGGGAAUGAUCAAUCAAUAUUCUGGAAAUACACCAACUCUUCGAUUGCUGUGUUCGAUAACAGGUGGUGCUUCAAGAGCUCAAUGGGAAGACGUGACUGGAUCCACCCCGCUUACAUUUGUCAAUGAAUGUGUAUCAUUUACAACAACUGUUUCGGCCAGAUUUUGGUUAAUGGACUGUAGAAAUAUUUCAGAAGCAACAAAAAUGGCCACCGAUCUUUAUAGGGAAGUGAUACACGUCCCCUUCAUGGCCAGAUUUGUGGUAUUUGCAAAACGUGUCGAAUCCAAUGAAGCAAAACUUCGUGUAUUUUGCAUGACUGACGAUAGAGAAGAUAAGACUCUAGAAAAACAAGAACAAUUUACCGAAGUUGCUAGAAGUAGAGAUGUCGAAGUUCUUGAAGGCAAACCACAGUACAUAGAAAUGGCUGGAAAUUUAGUUCCUGUAACAAAAUCUGGAGAUCAAUUGCAGCUUAUGUUUAAGGCAUUCCGUGAAAAUCGUUUACCUUUCUCCGUUCGAGUGAAAGAUCAACAUGCUGAUAUUGUUGGUCGAACAUUAUUUAUGAAAGAGCCCAAGAUUGCGAAAGGCGAACCACCACAACAUCCUAUUUGUAUAUUGAAUAUAAUUCUUCCAGAAAUUGUGAUACCGGAUCAAAUUCAAACUAUUCAAGAUAAAUAUGAAGCAACUGAUAGUUCCAAAUAUCCUAAUAGUCACUAUGUUGGCGAUUUGAGAAUAGUUGACCUUUCGAAUCUUUUAGGAAAAGAUUAUAUACAAUUAGCACCCGAAAUUGGUAUAUCACAAUCUGAGAUAAAUGUGAUAGUUAAUAGAUAUCCGAAUAGUAUUGCCCGUCAGGCACAAGAUCUGAUUCGGCUUUUUAAAGAGAAACCACAUUUUGAUAUAAAUAUUUUGGUUUAUGCCUUGAAAACAAUAGGCAGGGAAGAUAUUCUUCAAAAGUGCAGACUUAGACAUGACGAACCGGAACCUGAAAAGGAAAUAAUGUCAAUCGAAUAUGGAAAAAGUUCGAGUAUACAACGAAUACAUGAUAGGGAAGAAAUUAAAUACUCCGCAGAAGAAAAAGAAGUAGAAGAGUCUGAAUCCGAUGAUGAAAAUCAAAAGAGAACUGUUGCUGAACGUCGUGAAAAAAUAGUCAAACGGCUAUCCAUUGAACGACAAAUACCUGCCUCAAGUCAAAAGAAGGAAAUUGUCCAAGAAAUAACAGAAAUAAAGCGAACAAGUUUAAUUGACGACAAGAAAGCCAUUCACGAAGAAGAAAUCAUGUUGCAAAUGUCAACGGAUAAUAUUAUUAAAACCGCACCGGAAAAUGUUGUUAAAAUGAAACUUAAUAAAUUUGAACCAAUUGAAACGUCCAAGGCAGACUUCGAACAAGAAGUUGUAUUCAAAUUUAAACCAGCCACAGCCACAGCCGCUGGAAAGAAGAUUGAAGAGAUUGAAAAAUCCGAUGUUGUUAGUUCCAAAAUUGUAUCAGAUAUUGAAGCCGUUGAAAAAGCUGAAAAAAUUACUACAAACGAACUUAUUCGAAAAUCGCUUCCACAAAAAAGAGACAGCUUAGAAACGAAAACUGAUUCACUGACUGAUACUUUGAAUAUUAAGGAAUUUAUUGAAGCUGAGUCUCAAAUAAAAGAAAUUGAAAUAAAGACUGUUAGCACUAGCAAAGUUCAGAAGGAGUUUGAAGCAUUUGCAGAGGAAAAGAAGAAAGAUAUUGUUGAGAAACCGUCGAAGACACUUACCGAAGAAGAGUUCUACAAGUCUAUUGAAGAGACAAUUACCAGGAAAUUAAGUGGUGCAAGUGUAGUUUUGGAUGACAAAACAAUAGCAUCAUCUGAUUUGCCGCACUCACGAACUCCACCACCAACUCCGAUAGAUAUUAAAUCUGAAGAUAAGUCUAAAGUAUACAAUGACUUAACUCCAUCACAAGAUAUUUCCGCUUUUACUCUUAAUGAAGAAGAAAAAUACGAGAGCGACGAACAAGACGAAAGUGAGCAAAUUGUUGUUUCAUCCAAAGAAGAUGCUAAUACCAAAUUGCAGGCUGAUAAAAUGAGACUGAGAGCUUCCAAUACAUCGCAAGAACAAUGCAUUACUGAAGUUUCAAGUGAAAGUCCAGGGGAAAGGCAUUACAGCACUACAUUUUCCGAAAUGGAUGUAUGUGAUCAACCCACCAAAGUACUACAAACGAGGCGAUUUAUCCAAAACGUCACUUCUAUCUACCAUCCAAGUGAUAAAACAAAAACCAUUGAUACUGAAGAACAAGAGAGCGUAUUUGAAGGUGUCAAGAAACUAGUCCGUCAAAUAGAGAACUCCGAAUCUUUCUCAAAGAGGAAGAGCCAAGAAAUCAAACCCGAUAUACUUUGUGAAAAUUCAAAUACAGUUAAAGAGGUAAUCGAAAAAAUUGAAGGCCAUUGCGUCGAAGCCAUUCCAUUCCAAACGAAAUAUUGUAAUGUUAGAGGCGAUCUGAACUUGAAGGCUGUUGAAGAUCAAAUUUGCACGGACUUUGAAAUUGAUGAAAUUGAUGAAUGUAAGCCUUUGGAAAAGGUCAUAGUUAUUCCUAAUGAAGAACAAGCGACUAACUUAGAGACUAUUGGUGAAGAAAUAUGUGAAAUUAAAUGCAUAAGAAAGAAUAUUCCAGUUUUAGCUGAAACAGCUGACUGCAUCCAAGUCCCACUAGGGUUUCCACAACAAGUCAGUCCCCAGGAAUUAAAGUUUCCUGUUAAAAGUGUUGCAGCUGAAUUUGAAAAAAUUGAGCUUCCAACGAAAGAUUACUUACAAAUCGAUAGUUUAAAAAAAUUUGCUUUCAAAAAUUCCGACGAACAUGAUGAAGAAGAAAUUGAUUCGAAAACGUAUUUCCCAUUGAAAACUAAAAAAAUAACCGAGGAUGAGUUAAAUUUUCCUUUAAAAUCCUCACACUCCACUCCCAUGGUGCUUAGACAAAACGUACAUUUCAAAGAAGAAUUUGUUAAAAUUAUCGAAGAAAGGGAAAUGCAAGUUUUAACUCCCGAAAAGCAGUUGCAUAGUUCUUCACCGAAGGAAACUCAUACUGUAGAUGUUUGUGGUAAAAGUAGCUUGAGCACAAAUCAAGAAAAACUAAAUGAUAAAGAAGAUAAAUCAAUUCAAGGACUUGAUGACGUGGGUAGAAAACUAAUAGACAACCAAAUUAAUAUUAGUCCAUCUGAAUCAGAAAAAUCUUAUGAUGUAGAUGAAUCAACUGAUUUCAUUCUUUCCGACAAAGAAAAGCCUUCAAAAACAUCAGUAAAAUCAGAAAUAAUUACAACUAAAACAUCCCCUAAAUCCCCAAAAAUAUUUAAAACAAACAUAAAAUCAGGUAUGUCAAGUCUAUCGAGUUCUGUAAUUGAAGAACACAUCCAGCCUUUGCUGGUUUUUAGUGGAAAUGUUCUAAAAUCAAGCGAUGAUGAUGAUUUAAAAACUCCUGACUCAGUUGAGGAAAUAUCAACCGAUCAAGAAUCAUUGCCAGAAAACAAUCAGCUGAUUUCCAAAACUCAUCUCGAAUUUGGGUUGUCUGCCACUAAAUUAGAUAAACCUCUUAAACUUGACGAAGGUAUACCUAAAAUAGCAGAAAGUAAAAUAACUGAGUUGAAAUCUCGUGAAGUCUCUCCAAUGUUCGACAGAGAGUUCGAAAAUAAUGCUUUUACCAAAAUAUCAUCAUUUAAGGACGAGGAGCAUGAGGCUUCUAAAGAUAUACAAGUUUGUAGGGAAGAAGAUAAGUUUUCUCAAGAAAAAAGUGAUGUUUUAUUUAAAAGAUCUAUUGCUAAAGAAGAACUAGAAGAACAUGUCAUUGAUAAAAAGGUUCUUAGAACCCAUGGCUCCAAAAUUUCCACAAAAGAAACAAUUGUUCAAUCUUUCUAUAUCUCGUCUUCCAAGAGCGAAAUAUCAAGCGAAAACGUAUACAAAACUGUUAAAUCCAGUCAAAUAGUUCAUUCCCCGAUUUCAGAUGAAGAAAAGGACGACAGAGAGAAACUUAAAUCUGAUCCUAUGAAUUGGUCAACCGAAGAAUUGGCUGAAUCAGAUUCCGAUAGAAGUGAAAUGAGUUUAGAUGACCAAACUGAUGUUUUAACAAUUUCAGACAUUUCAAAUGGUUUAAUAGAAGUUGAUGAUGUGAAAAUACCUAAUCUAAAACAUCAAGUUCUCAUUUCAAAUGACACCCCAGUAGAAUUUUCAAUAGAGCCCCGUUUAACUGUUUUAACCACAGAAGCAGGCGAAACAAUAAUUAAAACGAACCAGAUAGGAACAUCUUCAGGUUUUUCAGAUUAUGAUCAAAGUGAAACAAGUUUGGAUGAAGGAACCGAUGGUGAUGUUGCUUCUAUCCCAGACACUUUAAAACCUGUUAUGAAAGUUGAUGACUCUCACAAAACUAUAACACCUUUCCCUGAGAAAAUUGGUGAAAUCGUAGCAAAACAAGAUCUUACUCUCGGCGAAAGCCUUGUUCAAAUGCCUCCAAAGCCCCUUGAAAUUCAACCCAAGGAAGAAGCAAAGGUUGAAGAUUCUAUUGUUAGAGUAAGUUCCAAAACUGAAAAUUCUACUUUGGGAAUUGAGGUCUUACAAAAGGUUGAGAAACUAGAUAUUUUGAAAAAGUCACCAGAUAAAUCGGUUGUCCCUGAUUCUGUUCAAAGUGAAACAAGUUCAGAUGAAGAAACCGAUGGUGAUGUUGCUUCUAUCCCAGACACUUUAAAACCUGUUAUGAAAGUUGAUGACUCUCACAAAACUGUUACACCUUCCCAUGAGAAAAUUGAUGAAAUCGUAGCAAAACAAGAUCUUACUCUCGGCGAAAGCCUUGUUCAAAUGCCUCCAAAGCCCCUUGAAAUUCAACCCAAGGAAGAAGCAGAGGUUAAAGAUUCUAUUGUUCAAGAAAGUUCCAAAACCGAAAGUUCUACUUUGGGAAAUGAGUUCUUAGAAAAGGCUGAGAAAGAUACAAAGAAACUAGAUAUCUUAAAAAAGUCGCCAGAAAAAUCGGUUGUCCCUGAUUCUGUUCAAAGUGAAACAAGUUCAGAUGAAGAAACCGAUGGUGAUGUUGCUUCUAUCCCAGACACUUUAAAACCUGUUAUGAAAGUUGAUGACUCUCACAAAACUGUUACACCUUCCCAUGAGAAAAUUGAUGAAAUCGUAGCAAAACAAGAUCUUACUCGUGGCCAAAGCCUUGUUCAAAUGUCACCUAAGAUCUUUGAAAUUCACCCCAAGGAAGAAGCAAAGGUUGAAGAUUCUAUUGUUAAAGAAAGUUCCAAAACUGAAAGUUCUACUUUGGGAAUUGAGGGCUUAGAAAAGGCUGAGAAAGAUACACUGAAACUAGAUAUUUUGAAAAAGUCGCCAGAAAAAUCUGUUGUCCCUGAUUCUGUUCAAAGUGAAACAAGUUCAGCUGAAGAAACCGAUGGUGAUGUUGCUUCUAUCCCAGACACUUUAAAACCUGUUAUGAAAGUUGAUGACUCUCACAAAACUGUUACACUAUCCCAUGCGAAAAUUGAUGAAAUCGUAGCAAAACAAGAUCUUACUCUUGGCCAAAGCCUUGUUCAAAUUUCUCCAAAGCCCCUUGAAAUUCACCCCAUUGUUGAAGAUUCUAUUGUUAAAGUAAGUUCCAAAACUGAAAGUUCUACUUUGGGAAUUGAGGGCUUAGAAAAAGAUACAAAGAUACUAGAUAUUUUGAAAAAGUCACCAGAAAAAUCGGUUGUCCCUGAUUCUGUUCAAAGUGAAACAAGUUCAGAUGAAGAAACCGAUGGUGAUGUUGCUUCUAUCCCAGAUACUUUAAAACCUGUUAUGAAAGUCGAUGACUCUCACAAAACUGUUGCACCGUCCCAUGAGAAAAUUGAUGAAAUCGUAGCAAAACAAGAUCUUACUCUCGGCGAAAGCCUUGUUCAAAUUUCUCCAAAGCCCCUUGAAAUUCACACCAAGGAUGAAGCAGAGGUUGAAGAUUCUAUUGUUAAAGUAAGUUCCAAAACUGAAAGUUCUACUUUGGGAAUUGAGGGCUUUGAAAAGGCUGAGAAAGAUACACUGAAACAAGAUAUUUUGAAAGAGUCACCAGAAAAAUCGGUUGUCCCUGAUUCUGUUCAAAGUGAAACAAGUUCAGAUGAAGAAACCGAUGGUGAUGUUGCUUCUAUCCCAGACACAUUAAAACCUGUUAUGAAAGUUGAUGACUCUCACAAAACUGUAACACCUUCCGAUGAGAAAAUUGAAGAAAUCGUAGCAAAACCAGAUCUUACUCGUGGCCAAAGCCUUGUUCAAAUGUCACCUAAGAUCUUUGAAAUUCACCCCAAGGAAGAAGCAAAGGUUGAAGAUUCUAUUGUUAAAGAAAGUUCCAAAACUGAAAUUUCUACUUUGGGAAUUGAGGGCUUAGAAAAGGCUGAGAAAGAUACACUGAAAUUAGACAUUUUGAAAAAGUCGCCAGAAAAAUCUGUUGUCCCUGAUUCUGUUCAAAGUGAAACAAGUUCAGCUGAAGAAACCGAUGGUGAUGUUGCUUCUAUCCCAGACACUUUAAAACCUGUUAUGAAAGUUGAUGACUCUCACAAAACUGUUACACCUUCCCAUGAGAAAAUUGAUGAAAUCCUAGCAAAACAAGAUCUUACUCUUGGCCAAAGCCUUGUUCAAAUUUCUCCAAAGCCCCUUGAAAUUCACCCCAAGGAAGAAGCAAAGGUUGAAGAUUCUAUUGUUAAAGAAAGUUCCAAAACUGAAAGUUCUACUUUGGAAAUUGAGUUCUUAGGAAAGGCUGAGAAAGAUACAAAGAAACUAGAUAUUUUAAAAAAGUCGCCAGAAAAAUCGGUUGUCCCUGAUUUUGUUCAAAGUGAAACAAGUUCAGAUGAAGAAACCGAUGGUGAUGUUGCUUCUAUCCCAGAUACUUUAAAACCUGUUAUGAAAGUCGAUGACUCUCACAAAACUGUUGCACCGUCCCAUGAGAAAAUUGAUGAAAUCGUAGCAAAACAAGAUCUUACUUUCGGCGAAAGCCUUGUUCAAAUUUCUCCAAAGCCCCUUGAAAUUCACCCCAAGGAAGACGCAAAGGUUAAAGAUUCUAUUGUUAAAAAAAGUUCCAAAACUGAAAGUUCUACUUUUGGAAUUGAGGGCUUACAUAAGGUUGAAAAAGAUACACAGAAACUAGAUAUUUUGAAAAAGUCACCAGAAAAAUCGGUUGUCCCUGAUUCUGUUCAAUGUGAAACAAGUUCAGAUGAAGAAACCGAUGAUGAUGUUGCUUCUAUCCCAGACACAUUAAAACCUGUUAUGAAAGUUGAUGACUCUCACAAAACUGUUACACCUUCCCAUGAGAAAAUUGAUGAAAUCGUAGCAAAACAAGAUCUUACUCUCGGCGAAAGCCUUGUCCAAAUUUCUCCAAAGCCACUUGAAAUUCAACCCAAGGAAGAAGCAAAUGUUGAAGAUUCUAUUGUUCAAGAAAGUUCCAAAACUGAAAGUUCUACUUUGGAAAUUGAGGGCUUAGAAAAGGUUGAAAAAGAUACACUGAAACAAGAUAUUUUGAAAAAGUCGCCAGAAAAAUCAGUUGUCCCUGAUUCUGUUCAAAGUGAAACAAGUUCAGAUGAAGAAACCGAUGGUGAUGUUGCUUCUAUCCCAGACACAUUAAAACCUGUUAUGAAAGUUGAUGACUCUCACAAAACUGUUACACCUUCCCAUGUGAAAAUUGAUGAAAUCGUAGCAAAACAAGAUCUUACUCUCGGCGAGAGCCUUGUCCUAAUUUCUCCAAAGCCCCUUGAAAUUCACCCCAACGAAGACGGAGAGGUUAAAGAUUCUAUUGUUAAAGAAAGUUCCAAAACUGAAAGUUCUACUUUGGAAAUUGAGUUCUUAGAAAAGGCUGAGAAAGAUACAAAGAAACUAGGUAUCUUGAAAAAGUCGCCAGAAAAAUCAGUUGUGCCUGAUUCUGUUCAAAGUGAAACAAGUUUAGAUGAAGAAACCGAUGGUGAUGUUGCUUCUAUCCCAGACACAUUAAAACCUGUUAUGAAAGUUGAUGACUCUCACAAAACUGUAACACCUUCCCAUGAGAAAAUUGGUGAAAUCGUAGCAAAACAAGAUCUUACUCUCGGCGAAAGCCUUGUCCAAAUUUCUCCAAAGCCACUUGAAAUUCACCCCACGGAAGAAGCAAAGGUUGAAGAUUCUAUUGUUCAAGAAAGUUCCAAAACUGAAAGUUCUACUUUGGGAAUUGAGGGCUUAGGAAAGGCUGAGAAAGAUGCAAAGAAACUUGAUAUUAUGAAAAAGUCACCAGAAAAAUCGGUUGUCCCUGAUUCUGUUCAAAGUGAACCAAGUUCAGAUGAAGAAACCGAUGGUGAUGUUGCUUCUAUCCCAGACACUUUAAAACCUGUUAUGAAAGUUGAUGACUCUCACAAAACUGUAACACCUUCCCAUGAGAAAAUUGAUGAAAUCGUAGCAAAACCAGAUCUUAGUCUUGGCGAAAGCCUUGUUCAGAUUCCUCCAAAGUCCCUUGAAAUUCACCCCAGGGAUCAAGCAGAGGUUGAAGAUUCUAUUGUUCAAGAAAUUUCCAAAACUGAAAGUUCUAGUUUGAAAAUUGAAAGCUUACAAAAGGUUGAAAUAGACACACAGAAAAUAGAUAUUUUGAAAGAGUCACCAGAAAAAUCGGUUGUCCCUGAUUCUGUUCAAAGUGAAACAAGUUCAGAUGAAGAAACCGAUGGUGAUGUUGCUUCUAUCCCAGACACAUUAAAACCUGUUAUGAAAGUUGAUGACUCUCACAAAACUGUAACACCUUCCCAUGAGAAAAUUGGUGAAAUCGUAGCAAAACAAGAUCUUACUCUUGGGCAAAGCCUUGUCCAAAUGUCUCCAAAGUCCCUUGAAAUUCACCCCAGGGAUGAAGCAGAGGUUGAAGAUUCUAUUGUUCAAAAAAGUUCUAAAACUGAAAGUUCUAGUUUAAAAAUUGAGGGCUUACAAAAGGUUGAAAUAGAUUCACAGAAACUAGUUAUUAUGAAAAAGUCACCAGAAAAAUCGGUUGUCCCUGAUUCUGUUCAAAGUGAACCAAGUUCAGAUGAAGAAACCGAUGGUGAUGUUGCUUCUAUCCCAGACACUUUAAAACCUGUUAUGAAAGUUGAUGACUCUCACAAAACUGUAACACCUUCCCAUGAGAAAAUUGAUGAAAUCGUAGCAAAACCAGAUCUUACUCUUGGCCAAAGCCUUGUUCAAAUUUCUCCAAAGUCCCUUGAAAUUCACCCCAGCGAUGAAGAACAGGUUGAAGUUUCUAUUGUUAAAGAAAGUUAUAAAACUGAAAGUUCUACUUUGGGAAUUGAGGGCUUAGAAAAGGCUGAAAAAGAUACACAGAAACUAGAUAUUUUGAAAGAGUCACCAGAAAAAUCGGUUGUCCCUGAUUCUGUUCAAAGUGAAAAAAGUUCAGAUGAAGAAACCGAUGGUGAUGUUGCUUCUAUAACAGACACUUUAAAACCUGUUAUGAAAGUUGAUGACUCUCACAAAACUGUUACACCUUCCCAUGAGAAAAUUGAUGAAAUCCUAGCAAAACAAGAUCCUACUCUUGGCCAAAGCCUUGUUCAAAUUUCUCCGAAGCCCCUUGAAAUUCACCCCAAGGAAGAAGCAAAGGUUGAAGAUUCUAUUGUUAAAGAAAGUGCCAAAACUGAAAGUUCUACUUUGGAAAUUGAGGGCUUAGGAAAGGCUGAGAAAGAUGCAAAGAAACUUGAUAUUUUGAAAGAGUCGCCAGAAAAAUCGGUUGUCCCUGAUUCUGUUCAAAGUGAAACAAGUUCAGAUGAAGAAACCGAUGAUGAUGUUGCUCCUAUCCCAGACACUUUAAAACCUGUUAUGAAAGUUGAUGACUCUCACAAAACUGUUACACCUUCCGAUGAGAAAAUUGAUGAAAUCGUAGCAAAACAAGAUCUUACUCUUGGCCAAAGCCUUGUUCAAAUUUCUCCAAAGCCCCUUGAAAUUCACCCCAAGGAAGAAGCAAAGGUUGAAGAUUCUAUUGUUCAAGAAAGUUCCAAAACUGAAAGUUCUACUUUGGAAAUUGAGGGCUUAGGAAAGGCUGAGCAAGAUACAAAGAAACUAGAUACUUUAAAAAAGUCGCCAGAAAAAUCGGUUGUCCCUGAUUCUGUUCAAAGUGAAAAAAGUUCAGAUGGAGAAACCGAUGGUGAUGUUGCUCCUAUCCCAGACACUUUAAAACCUGUUAUGAAAGUUGAUGACUCUCACAAAACUGUUACACCUUCACAUGAGAAAAUUGAUGAAAUCGUAGCAAAACAAGAUCUUACUCUCGGCGAAAGCCUUGUUCAAAUUUCUCCAAAGCCCCUUGAAAUUCACACCAAGGAUGAAGCAGAAGUUGAAGAUUCUAUUGUUAAAGUAAGUUCCAAAACUGAAAGUUCUACUUUGAGAAUUGAGGGCUUAGAAAAGGCUGAGAAAGAUACACUGAAACAAGAUAUUUUGAAAGAGUCACCAGAAAAAUCGGUUGUCCCUGAUUCUGUUCAAAGUGAAACAAGUUCAGAUGAAGAAACCGAUGGUGAUGUUGCUCCUAUCCCAGACACUUUAAAACCUGUUAUGAAAGUUGAUGACUCUCACAAAACUGUUACACCUUCCCACGAGAAAUUUGAUGAAAUCGUAGCAAAACAAGAUCUUACUCUUGGCGAAAGCCUUGUUCAAAUUUCUCCAAAGUUCCUUGAAAUUCACCCCAGGGAUGAAGCAGAGGUUGAAGAUUCUAUUGUUCAAAAAAUUUCUAAAACUGAAAGUUCUAGUUUAAAAAUUGAGGGCUUACAAAAGGUUGAAAUAGAUUCACAGAAACUAGAUAUUUUGAAAAAGUCACCAGAAAAAUCGGUUGUCCCUGAUUCUGUUCAAAGUGAACCAAGCUCAGAUGAAGAAACCGAUGGUGAUGUUGCUUCUAUCCCAGACACUUUAAAACCUGUUAUGAAAGUUGAUGACUCUCACAAAACUGUAACAACUUCCCAUGAGAAAAUUGAUGAAAUCGUAGCAAAACAAGAUCUUACUCUUGGCCAAAGCCUUGUUCAAAUUUCUCCAAAGUCCCUUGAAAUUCACCCCAGGGAUGAAGAACAGGUUGAAGUUUCUAUUGUUAAAGAAAGUUAUAAAACUGAAAGUUCUACUUUGGGAAUUGAGGGCUUAGAAAAGGCUGAAAAAGAUACACAGAAACUAGAUAUUUUGAAAAAGUCACCAGAAAAAUCGGUUGUCCCUGAUUCUGUUCAAAGUGAACCAAGUUCAGAUGAAGAAACCGAUGGUGAUGUUGCUUCUAUCCCAGACACUUUAAAACCUGUUAUGAAAGUUGAUGACUCUCACAAAACUGUAACACCUUCCCAUGAGAAAAUUGAUGAAAUCGUACCAAAACAAGAUCUUACUCUCGGCGAAAGCCUUGUCCAAAUUCCUCCAAAGCCCCUUGAAAUUCACACCAAGGAUGAAGCAGGGGCUGAAGAUUCUAUUGUUAAAGGAAGUUCCAAAACUGAAAGUUCUACUUUGGGAAUUGAGGGCUUAGAAAAAGAUACAAAGAUACUAGAUAUUUUGAAAAAGUCACCAGAAAAAUCGGUUGUCCCUGAUUCUAAUCAAAGUGAAACAAGUUCAGAUGAAGAAACCGAUGAUGAUGUUGCUCCUAUCCCAGACACUUUAAAAGCUGUUAUGAAAGUUGAUGACUCUCACAAAACUGUUACACCUUCCCAUGAGAAAAUUGAUGAAAUCCUAGCAAAACAAGAUCUUACUCUUGGCCAAAGCCUUGUUCAAAUUUCUCCAAAGCCCCUUGAAAUUCACCCAAAGGAAGAAGCAAAGGUUGAAGAUUCUAUUGUUCAAGAAAGUUCCAAAACUGAAAGUUCUACUUUGGAAAUUGAGGGCUUAGGAAAGGCUGAGAAAGAUACAAAGAAACUAGAUACUUUAAAAAAGUCGCCAGAAAAAUCGGUUGUCCCUGAUUCUGUUCAAAGUGAAACAAGUUCAGAUGAAGAAACCGAUGGUGAUGUUGCUCCUAUCCCAGAUACUUUAAAACCUGUUAAGAAAGUUGAUGACUCUCACAAAACUGUUACACCUUCCCAUGAGAAAAUUGAUGAAAUCGUAGCAAAACAAGAUCUUUCUCUUGGCCAAAGCCUUGUUCAAAUUUCUCCAAAGCCCCUUGAAAUUCACCCCAAGGAAGAAGCAAAGGUUGAAGAUUCUAUUGUUAAAGCAAGUUCCAAAACUGAAAGUUCUACUUUGGGAAUUGAGGGCUUAGAAAAGGCUGAGAAAGAUACACUGAAACAAGAUAUUUUGAAAGAGUCACCAGAAAAAUCGGUUGUCCCUGAUUCUGUUCAAAGUGAAACAAGUUCAGAUGAAGAAACCGAUGAUGAUGUUGCUUCUAUCCCAGACACUUUAAAACCUGUUAUGAAAGUUGAUGACUCUCACAAAACUGUUACACCUUCCGAUGAGAAAAUUGAUGAAAUCGUAGCAAAACAAGAUCUUACUCUUGGCCAAAGCCUUGUUCAAAUUUCUCCAAAGCCCCUUGAAAUUCACCCCAGGGAUGAAGCAGAGGUUGAAGAUUCUAUUGUUAAAGUAAGUUCCAAAACUGAAAGUUCUACUUUGAGAAUUGAGGGCUUAGAAAAGGCUGAGAAAGAUACACUGAAACAAGAUAUUUUGAAAGAGUCACCAGAAAAAUCGGUUGUCCCUGAUUCUGUUCAAAGUGAACCAAGUUCAGAUGAAGAAACCGAUGGUGAUGUUGCUCCUAUCCCAGACACUUUAAAACCUGUUAUGAAAGUUGAUGACUCUCACAAAACUGUUACACUUUCCCAUGAGAAAAUUGAUGAAAUCGUAGCAAAACAAGAUCUUACUCUUGGCCAAAGCAUUGUUCAAAUUUCUCCAAAGCCCCUUGAAAUUCACCCCAAGGAAGAAGCAAAGGUUGAAGAUUCUAUUGUUAAAGAAAGUUCCAAAACGGAAAGUUCUACUUUGGAAAUUGAGGGCUUAGGAAAGGCUGAGAAAGAUGCAAAGAAACUUGAUAUUUUGAAAAAGUCGCCAGAAAAAUCGGUUGUCCCUGAUUCUGUUCAAAGUGAAACAAGUUCAGAUGAAGAAACCGAUGGUGAUGUUGCUUCUAUCCCAGACACUUUAAAACCUGUUAUGAAAGUUGAUGACUCUCACAAAACUGUUACACCUUCCCAUGAGAAAAUUGAUGAAAUCGUAGCAAAACAAGAUCUUACUCUCGGCGAAAGCCUUGUUCAAAUUUCUCCAAAGCCCCUUGAAAUUCACACCAAGGAUGAAGCAGAGGUUGAAGAUUCUAUUGUUAAAGCUGAGAAAGAUACACUGAAACAAGAUAUUUUGAAAGAGUCACCAGAAAAAUCGGUUGUCCCUGAUUCUGUUCAAAGUGAAACAAGUUCAGAUGAAGAAACCGAUGGUGAUGUUGCUUCUAUCCCAGACACAUUAAAACCUGUUAUGAAAGUUGAUGACUCUCACAAAACUGUUACACCUUCCCAUGAGAAAAUUGAUGAAAUCGUAGCAAAACAAGAUCUUACUCUUGGCCAAAGCCUUGUUCAAAUUUCUCCAAAGCCCCUUGAAAUUCACCCCAAGGAAGAAGCAAAGGUUGAAGAUUCUAUUGUUAAAGAAAGUGCCAAAACUGAAAGUUCUACUUUGGAAAUUGAGGGCUUAGGAAAGGCUGAGAAAGAUGCAAAGAAACUUGAUAUUUUGAAAAAGUCGCCAGAAAAAUCGGUUGUCCCUGAUUCUGUUCAAAGUGAAACAAGUUCAGAUGAAGAAACCGGUGGUGAUGUUGCUCCUAUCCCAGACACUUUAAAACCUGUUAUGAAAGUUGAUGACUCUCACAAAACUGUUACACCUUCCGAUGAGAAAAUUGAUGAAAUCGUAGCAAAACAAGAUCUUACUCUUGGCGAAAGCCUUGUUCAAAUUUCCCCAAAGUCCCUUGAAAUUCACCCCAGGGAUGAAGAACAGGUUGAAGUUUCUAUUGUUAAAGAAAGUUAUAAAACUGAAAGUUCUACUUUGGGAAUUGAGGGCUUAGAAAAGGCUGAAAAAGAUACACAGAAACUAGAUAUUUUGAAAAAGUCACCAGAAAAAUCGGUUGUCCCUGAUUCUGUUCAAAGAGAACCAAGUUCAGAUGAAGAAACCGAUGGUGAUGUUGCUUCUAUCCCAGACACUUUAAAACCUGUUAUGAAAGUUGAUGACUCUCACAAAACUGUAACACCUUCCCAUGAGAAAAUUGAUGAAAUCGUAGCAAAACAAGAUCUUACUCUUGGCGAAAGCCUUGUCCAAAUUCCUCCAAAGCCCCUUGAAAUUCACACCAAGGAUGAAGCAGGGGCUGAAGAUUCUAUUAUUAAAGGAAGUUCCAAAACUGAAAGUUCUACUUUGGGAAUUGAGGGCUUAGAAAAAGAUACAAAGAUACUAGAUAUUUUGAAAAAGUCACCAGAAAAAUCGGUUGUCCCUGAUUCUAAUCAAAGUGAAACAAGUUCAGAUGAAGAAACCGAUGAUGAUGUUGCUCCUAUCCCAGACACUUUAAAACCUGUUAUGAAAGUUGAUGACUCUCACAAAACUGUUACACCUUCCCAUGAGAAAAUUGAUGAAAUCCUAGCAAAACAAGAUCUUACUCUUGGCCAAAGCCUUGUUCAAAUUUCUCCAAAGCCCCUUGAAAUUCACCCAAAGGAAGAAGCAAAGGUUGAAGAUUCUAUUGUUCAAGAAAGUUCCAAAACUGAAAGUUCUACUUUGGAAAUUGAGGGCUUAGGAAAGGCUGAGAAAGAUACAAAGAAACUAGAUACUUUAAAAAAGUCGCCAGAAAAAUCGGUUGUCCCUGAUUCUGUUCACAGUGAAACAAGUUCAGAUGAAGAAACCGAUGGUGAUGUUGCUCCUAUCCCAGAUACUUUAAAACCUGUUAUGAAAGUUGAUGACUCUCACAAAACUGUUACACCUUCCCAUGAGAAAAUUGAUGAAAUCGUAGCAAAACAAGAUCUUUCUCUUGGCCAAAGCCUUGUUCAAAUUUCUCCAAAGCCCCUUGAAAUUCACACCAAGGAAGAAGCAAAGGUUGAAGAUUCUAUUGUUAAAGCAAGUUCCAAAACUGAAAGUUCUACUUUGGGAAUUGAGGGCUUAGAAAAGGCUGAGAAAGAUACACUGAAACAAGAUAUUUUGAAAGAGUCACCAGAAAAAUCGGUUGUCCCUGAUUCUGUUCAAAGUGAAACAAGUUCAGAUGAAGAAACCGAUGAUGAUGUUGCUUCUAUCCCAGACACUUUAAAACCUGUUAUGAAAGUUGAUGACUCUCACAAAACUGUUACACCUUCCGAUGAGAAAAUUGAUGAAAUCGUAGCAAAACAAGAUCUUACUCUUGGCCAAAGCCUUGUUCAAAUUUCUCCAAAGUUCCUUGAAAUUCACCCCAGGGAUGAAGCAGAGGUUGAAGAUUCUAUUGUUAAAGUAAGUUCCAAAACUGAAAGUUCUACUUUGAGAAUUGAGGGCUUAGAAAAGGCUGAGAAAGAUACACUGAAACAAGAUAUUUUGAAAGAGUCACCAGAAAAAUCGGUUGUCCCUGAUUCUGUUCAAAGUGAACCAAGUUCAGAUGAAGAAACCGAUGGUGAUGUUGCUCCUAUCCCAGACACUUUAAAACCUGUUAUGAAAGUUGAUGACUCUCACAAAACUGUUACACUUUCCCAUGAGAAAAUUGAUGAAAUCGUAGCAAAACAAGAUCUUACUCUUGGCCAAAGCAUUGUUCAAAUUUCUCCAAAGCCCCUUGAAAUUCACCCCAAGGAAGAAGCAAAGGUUGAAGAUUCUAUUGUUAAAGAAAGUUCCAAAACGGAAAGUUCUACUUUGGAAAUUGAGGGCUUAGGAAAGGCUGAGAAAGAUGCAAAGAAACUUGAUAUUUUGAAAAAGUCGCCAGAAAAAUCGGUUGUCCCUGAUUCUGUUCAAAGUGAAACAAGUUCAGAUGAAGAAACCGAUGGUGAUGUUGCUUCUAUCCCAGACACUUUAAAACCUGUUAUGAAAGUUGAUGACUCUCACAAAACUGUUACACCUUCCCAUGAGAAAAUUGAUGAAAUCGUAGCAAAACAAGAUCUUACUCUCGGCGAAAGCCUUGUUCAAAUUUCUCCAAAGCCCCUUGAAAUUCACACCAAGGAUGAAGCAGAGGUUGAAGAUUCUAUUGUUAAAGUAAGUUCCAAAACUGAAAGUUCUACUUUGGGAAUUGAGGGCUUUGAAAAGGCUGAGAAAGAUACACUGAAACAAGAUAUUUUGAAAGAGUCACCAGAAAAAUCGGUUGUCCCUGAUUCUGUUCAAAGUGAAACAAGUUCAGAUGAAGAAACCGAUGGUGAUGUUGCUUCUAUCCCAGACACAUUAAAACCUGUUAUGAAAGUUGAUGACUCUCACAAAACUGUUACACCUUCCCAUGAGAAAAUUGAUGAAAUCGUAGCAAAACAAGAUCUUACUCUUGGCCAAAGCCUUGUUCAAAUUUCUCCAAAGCCCCUUGAAAUUCACCCCAAGGAAGAAGCAAAGGUUGAAGAUUCUAUUGUUAAAGAAAGUGCCAAAACUGAAAGUUCUACUUUGGAAAUUGAGGGCUUAGGAAAGGCUGAGAAAGAUGCAAAGAAACUUGAUAUUUUGAAAAAGUCGCCAGAAAAAUCGGUUGUCCCUGAUUCUGUUCAAAGUGAAACAAGUUCAGAUGAAGAAACCGGUGGUGAUGUUGCUCCUAUCCCAGACACUUUAAAACCUGUUAUGAAAGUUGAUGACUCUCACAAAACUGUUACACCUUCCGAUGAGAAAAUUGAUGAAAUCGUAGCAAAACAAGAUCUUACUCUUGGCCAAAGCCUUGUUCAAAUUUCUCCAAAACCCUUUGAAAUUUACCCCAAGGAAGAAGCAAAGGUUGAAGAUUCUAUUGUUAAAGAAAGUUCCAAAACGGAAAGUUCUACUUUGGAAAUUGAGGGCUUAGGAAAGGCUGAGAAAGAUGCAAAUAAACUUGAUAUUUUGAAAAAGUCGCCAGAAAAAUCGGUUGUCCCUGAUUCUGUUCAAAGUGAAACAAGUCCAAAUGAAGAAACCGAUAGUGAUGUUGCUCCUAUCCCAGACACUUUAAAACCUGUUAUGAAAGUUGAUGACUCUCACAAAACUGUUACACCUUCCCAUGAGAAAAUUGAUGAAAUCGUAGCAAAACAAGAUCUUACUCUCGGCGAAAGCCUUGUUCAAAUUUCACCUAAGCCCCUUGAAAUUCACCCCAGGGAUGAAGCAGAGGUUGAAGAUUCUAUUGUUAAAGAAAGUUCCAAAACUGAAAGUUCUACUUUGGGAAUUGAGGGCUUACAUAAGGUUGAAAAAGAUACAAAGAAACUAGAUAUUUUGAAAGAGUCACCAGAAAAAUCGGUUGUCCCUGAUUCUGUUCAAAGUGAAACAAGUUCAGAUGAAGAAACCGAUGGUGAUGUUGCUUCUAUCCCAGACACUUUAAAACCUGUUAAGAAAGUUGAUGACUCUCACAAAACUGUUGCACCGUCCCAUGAGAAAAUUGAUGAAAUCGUAGCAAAAGAAGAUCUAACUCUUGGCGAAAUCUUUGUUAAAGUUUCUAUAAAGCCCCUAAAAAUUCACCCCAAGGAAGAAGCAAAUGGUGAAGAUUCUAUUGCUAAAGAAAGUUCCAAAACUGAAAGUUUUACUUUGGGAAUUGAGGGCUUAGAAAAGGCUGAGAAAGGUACAAAGAAACUAGAUAUUUUGAAAAAGUCGCCAAAAAAAUUGGUUGUUCCUGAUUCUGUUCAAAGUGAAACAAUUGUAUCAAAACAAGAUCUUACUCUCGGCGAAAGCCUUGUUCAAAUUUCUCCAAAGCCCCUUGAAAUUCACCCCAAGGAAGAAGCAAAGGUUGAAGAUUCUAUUGUUAAAGAAAGUUCCAAAACUGAUAGUUCUACUUUGGAAAUUGAGUUCUUACAAAAGGCUGAGAAAGAUACACUGAAACAAGAUAUUUUGAAAAAGUCGCCAGAAAAAUCAGUUGUAACUGAUUCUGUUCAAAGUGAAACAAGUUCAGAUGAAGAAACCGAUGGUGAUGUUGCUUCUAUUCCAGACACUUUAAAACCUGUUAUGAAAGUUGAUGACUCUCACAAAACUGUUACACCUUCCCAUGAGAAAAUUGAUGAAAUCGUAGCAAAACAAGAUCUUACUCUAGGCGAAAGCCUUGUCCAAAUUUCUCCAAAGCCACUUGAAAUUCACCCCAAGGAAGAAGCAAAGGUUGAAGAUUCUAUUGUUAAAGAAAGGUCCAAAACUGAAAGUUCUACUUUGGGAAUUGAGGGCUUAGAAAAAGCUGAGAAAGAUACGAAGAAACCAGAUAUUUUGAAAAAGUCGCCAGAAAAAUCGGUUGUCCCUGAUUCUGUUCAAAGUGAAACAAGUUCAGAUGAAGAAACCGAUGGUGAUGUUGCUUCUAUCCCAGAUACUUUAAAACCUGUUAUGAAAGUUGAUGACUCUCACAAAACUGUUACACCUUCCCAUAAGAAAAUUGAUGAAAUCGUAGUAAAACAAGAUCUUACUUUUGGCGAAAGCCUUGUUCAAAUUUCUCCAAAGCCCCUUGAAAUUCACACCAAGGAAGACGCAGAGGUUAAAGAUUCUAUUGUUAAAGAAAGUUCCAAAACUGAAAAUUCUACUUUGGGAAUUGAGGGCUUACAUAAGGUUGAAAUAGAUACACAGAAACUAGAUAUUUUGAAAGAGUCACCAGAAAAAUCGGUUGUCCCUGAUUCUGUUCAAAGUGAAACAAGUUCAGAUGAAGAAACCGAUGGUGAUGUUGCUUCUAUCCCAGAUACUUUAAAACCUGUUAUGAAAGUCGAUGACUCUCACAAAACUGUUACACCUUCCCUUGAGAAAAUUGAUGAAAUCGUAGCAAAACAAGAUCUUACUCUCGGCGAAAGCCUUGUUCAAAUUUCUCCACCUUUUCAUGAGAAAAUUGAUGAAAUCGUAGCAAAACAAGAUCUUACUCUUGGCGAAAGCCUUGUUCAAAUUUCUAUAAAGCCAAUAAAAAUUCACCCCAAGGAAGAAGCAAAUGUUGAAGAUUCUAUAGUUAAAGAAAGUUCCAAAACUGAAAGUUCUACUUUGGGAAUUGAGGGCUUAGAAAAGGCUGAGAAAGAUACGAAGAAACUAGAUAUUUUGAAAAAGUCGCCAGAAAAAUCAGUUGUCCCUGAUUCUGUUCAAAGUGAAACAAGUUCAGAUGAAGAAACCGAUGGUGAUGUUGCUUCUAUCCCAGACUCAUUAAAACCUGUUAUGAAAGUUGAUGACUCUCACAAAACUGUUACACCUUCCCAAGAGAAAAUUGAUGAAAUCGUAGCAAAACAAGAUCCUACUCUCGGCGAAAACCUUGUUCAAAUUUCUCCAAAGCCCCUUGAAAUUCACCCCAAGGAAGAAGCAAAGGUUGAAGAUUCUAUUGUUAAAGAAAGGUGCAAAACUGAAAGUUCUACUUUGGGAAUUGAGGGCUUAGAAAAGGCUGAGAAAGGUACAAAGAAACUAGAUAUUUUGAAAAAGUCGCCAAAAAAAUUGGUUGUCCCUGAUUCUGUUCAAAGUGAAACAAUUGUAUCAAAACAAGAUCUUACUCUCGGCGAAAGCCUUGUUCAAAUUUCUCCAAAGCCCCUUGAAAUUCACCCCAAGGAAGAAGCAAAGGUUGAAGAUUCUAUUGUUAAAGAAAGUUCCAAAACUGAAAGUUCUACUUUGGAAAUUGAGUUCUUACAAAAGGCUGAGAAAGAUACACUGAAACAAGAUAUUUUGAAAAAGUCGCCAGAAAAAUCGGUUGUAACUGAUUCUGUUCAAAGUGAAACAAGUUCAGAUGAAGAAACCGAUGGUGAUGUUGCUUCUAUUCCAGACACUUUAAAACCUGUUAUGAAAGUUGAUGACUCUCACAAAACUGUUACACCUUCCCAUGAGAAAAUUGAUGAAAUCGUAGCAAAACAAGAUCUUACUCUCGGCGAAAGCCUUGUCCAAAUUUCUCCAAAGCCACUUGAAAUUCACCCCAAGGAAGAAGCAAAGGUUGAAGAUUCUAUUGUUAAAGAAAGGUCCAAAACUGAAAGUUCUACUUUGGGAAUUGAGGGCUUAGAAAAGGCUGAGAAAGAUACGAAGAAACCAGAUAUUUUGAAAAAGUCGCCAGAAAAAUCGGUUGUCCCUGAUUCUGUUCAAAGUGAAACAAGUUCAGAUGAAGAAACCGAUGGUGAUGUUGCUUCUAUCCCAGACACUUUAAAACCUGUUAUGAAAGUUGAUGACUCUCACAAAACUUCCCAUAAGAAAAUUGAUGAAAUCGUAGCAAAACAAGAUCUUACUCUCGGCGAGAGCCUUGUUCAAUUUUCUCCAAAGCCCCUUGAAAUUCACCCCAAGGAAGAAGCAAAGGUUGAAGAUUCUAUUGUUAAAGAAAGUUCCAAAACUGAAAGUUCUACUUAUGGAAUUGAGGGCUUAGAAAAGGCUGAGAAAGAUACAAAGAAACUAGAUAUUUUGAAAGAGUCGCCAGAAAAAUCGGUUGUCCCUGAUUCUGUUCAAAGUGAAACAAGUUCAGAUGAAGAAACCGAUGGUGAUGUUGCUUCUAUCCCAGACACUUUAAAACCUGUUAUGAAAGUUGAUGACUCUCACAAAACUGUAACACCUUCCUAUGAUAAAAUUGAUGAAAUCUUAGCAAAACAAGAUCUUACUCUUGGCGAAAGCCUUGUUCAAAUUUCUCCAAAGUCCCUUGAAAUUCACCCCAGGGAUGAAGCAGUGGUUGAAGAUUCUAUUGUUCAAGAAAGUUCUAAAACUGAAAGUUCUAGUUUAAAAAUUAAGGGCUUACAAAAGGUUGAAAUAGUUACACAGAAACAAGAUAUUUUGAAAAAGUCACCAGAAAAAUCGGUUGUCCCUGAUUCUGUUCAAAGUGAAACAAGUUCAGAUGAAGAAACCGAUGGUGAUGUUGCUUCUAUCCCAGACUCAUUAAAACCUGUUAUGAAAGUUGAUGACUCUCACAAAACUGUUACACCUUCCCAUGAGAAAAUUGAUGAAAUCGUAGCAAAACAAGAUCCUACUCUCGACGAAAACCUUGUUCAAAUUUCUCCAAAGCCCCUUGAAAUUCACCCCAAGGAAGAAGCAAAGGUUGAAGAUUCUAUUGUUAAAGAAAGUUCCAAAACUGAUAGUUCUACUUUGGAAAUUGAGUUCUUAAAAAAGGCUGAGAAAGAUACACUGAAACAAGAUAUUUUGAAAAAGUCGCCAGAAAAAUCGGUUGUAACUGAUUCUGUUCAAAGUGAAACAAGUUCAGAUGAAGAAACCGAUGGUGAUGUUGCUUCUAUCGCAGAUACUUUAAAACCUGUUAUGAAAGUCGAUGACUCUCACAAAACUGUUACACCUUCCCUUGAGAAAAUUGAUGAAAUCGUAGCAAAACAAGAUCUUAUUCUCGGCGAAAGCCUUGUUCAAAUUUCUCCACCUUCUCAUGAGAAAAUUGAUGAAAUCGUAGCAAAACAAGAUCUUACUCUUGGCGAGAGCCUUGUUCAAAUUUCUCCAAAGCUCCUUGAAAUUCACCCCAAGGAAGAAGCAAAGGUUGAAGAUUCUAUUGUUAAAGAAAGUGCCAAAACUGAAAGUUCUACUUUGGGAAUUGAAGGCUUACAAAAUGUUGAAAAAGAUACAAAGAAACAAGAUAUUUUGAUAAAGUCGCCAGAAAAAUCGGUUGUCCCUGAUUCUGUUCAAAGUGAAACAAGUUCAGAUGAAGAAACCGAUGGUGAUGUUGCUUCUAACCCAGACAUUUUAAAACCUGUUAUGAAAGUUGAUGACUCUCACAAAACUGUAACACCUUCCUAUGAUAAAAUUGAUGAAAUCCUAGCAAAACAAGAUCUUACUCUUGGCGAAAGCCUUGUUCAAAUUUCUCCAAAGUCCCUUGAAAUUCACCCCAGGGAUGAAGCAGUGGUUGAAGAUUCUAUUGUUCAAGAAAGUUCUAAAACUGAAAGUUCUAGUUUAAAAAUUAAGGGCUUACAAAAGGUUGAAAUAGUUACACAGAAACAAGAUAUUUUGAAAAAGUCACCAGAAAAAUCGGUUGUCCCUGAUUCUGUUCAAAGUGAAACAAGUUCAGAUGAAGAAACCGAUGGUGAUGUUGCUUCUAUCCCAGACUCAUUAAAACCUGUUAUGAAAGUUGAUGACUCUCACAAAACUGUUACACCUUCCCAUGAGAAAAUUGAUGAAAUCGUAGCAAAAGAAGAUCUUACUCUUGGCGAAAGCCUUGUUCAAAUGUCUCCAAAGACCAUUGAAGCAGAGGUUGAAGAUUCUUUUGUUAUAGUAAGGUCCAAAACUGAAAGUUCUACUUUGGGAAUUGAGGGCUUACAAAAGGUUGAGCAAGAUACACAGAAAAUAGAUAUUUUGAAAGAGUCACCAGAAAAAUCGGUUGUCCCUGAUUCUGUUCAAAGUGAAACAAGUUCAGAUGAAGAAACCGAUGGUGAUGUUGCUUCUAUCCCAGACACUUUAAAACCUGUUAUGAAAGUUGGUGACUCUCACAAAACUGUUACACCUUCCCAAGAGAAAAUUGAUGAAAUCGUAGCAAAACAAGAUCCUACUCUCGGCGAAAACCUUGUUCAAAUUUCUCCAAAGCCCCUUGAAAUUCACCCUAAGGAAGAAGCAAAGGUUGAAGAUUCUAUUGUUAAAGAAAGGUGCAAAACUGAAAGUUCUACUUUGGGAAUUGAGGGCUUAGAAAAGGCUGAGAAAGAUACACUGAAACAAGAUAUUUUGAAAAAGUCGCCAGAAAAAUCGGUUGUAACUGAUUCUGUUAAAAGUGAAACAAGUUCAGAUGAAGAAACCGAUGGUGAUGUUGAUUCUAUCCCAGACACUUUAAAACCUGUUAUGAAAGUUGAUGACUCUCACAAAACUGUUACACCUUCCGAUGAGAAAAUUGGUGAAAUCGUAGCAAAACAAGAUCUUACUCUCGGCGAGAGCCUUGUUCAAAUUUCUCCAAAGCCCCUUGAAAUUCACCCCAAGGAAGAAGCAAAGGUUGAAGAUUCUACAGUUAAAGAAAGUGCCAAAACUGAAAGUUUUACUUUGGGAAUUGAGGGCUUAGAAAAGGCUGCGAAUGAUGCACAGAAACUAGAUAUUUUGAAAAAGUCGCCAGAAAAAUUGGUUGUCCCUGAUUCUGUUCAAAGUGAAACAAGUUCAGAUGAAGAAACCGAUGGUGAUGUUGCUUCUAUCCCAGACACUUUAAAACCUGUUAUGAAAGUUGAUGACUCUCACAAAACUUCCCAUAAGAAAAUUGAUGAAAUCGUAGCAAAACAAGAUCUUACUCUUGGCGAAAGCCUUGUUCAAUUUUCUCCAAAGCCCCUUGAAAUUCACCCCAAGGAAGAAGCAAAGGUUGAAGAUUCUAUUGUUAAAGAAAGUUCCAAAACUGAUAGUUCUACUUUGGAAAUUGAGUUCUUACAAAAGGCUGAGAAAGAUACACUGAAACAAGAUAUUUUGAAAGAGUCGCCAGAAAAAUCUGUUCUCCCUGAUUCUGUUCAUAGUGAAACAAGUUCAGAUGAAGAAACCGAUGGUGAUGUUGCUUCUACAGACACUUCAAAAACUUUUAUGAAAGUUGAUGACUCUCACAAAACUGUUACACCUUCCCAUGAGAAAAUUGAUCAAAUCGUAGCAAAACAAGAUCCUACUCUCGGCGAAAACCUUGUUCAAAUUUCUCCAAAGCCCCUUGAAAUUCACCCUAAGGAAGAAGCAAAGGUUGAAGGUUCUAUUGUUAAAGAAAGGUCCAAAACUGAAAGUUCUACUUUGGGAAUUGAGGGCUUAGAAAAGGCUGAGGAAGAUACACUGAAACAAGAUAUUUUGAAAAAGUCGCCAGAAAAAUCGGUUGUAACUGAUUCUGUUCAAAGUGAAACAAGUUCAGAUGAAGAAACCGAUGGUGAUGUUGCUUCUAUCGCAGAUACUUUAAAACCUGUUAUGAAAGUCGAUGACUCUCACAAAACUGUUACACCUUCCCUUGAGAAAAUUGAUGAAAUCGUAGCAAAACAAGAUCUUAUUCUCGGCGAAAGCCUUGUUCAAAUUUCUCCACCUUCUCAUGAGAAAAUUGAUGAAAUCGUAGUAAAACAAGAUCUUACUCUUGGCGAGAGCCUUGUUCAAAUUUCUCCAAAGCUCCUUGAAAUUCACCCCAAGGAAGAAGCAAAGGUUGAAGAUUCUAUUGUUAAAGAAAGUUCCAAAACUGAAAGUUCUACUUUGGGAAUUGAAGGCUUACAAAAUGUUGAAAAAGAUACAAAGAAACAAGAUAUUUUGAUAAAGUCGCCAGAAAAAUCGGUUGUCCCUGAUUCUGUUCAAAGUGAAACAAGUUCAGAUGAAGAAACCGAUGGUGAUGUUGCUUCUAACCCAGACAUUUUAAAACCUGUUAUGAAAGUUGAUGACUCUCACAAAACUGUAACACCUUCCUAUGAUAAAAUUGAUGAAAUCCUAGCAAAACAAGAUCUUACUCUUGGCGAAAGCCUUGUUCAAAUUUCUCCAAAGUCCCUUGAAAUUCACCCCAGGGAUGAAGCAGUGGUUGAAGAUUCUAUUGUUCAAGAAAGUUCUAAAACUGAAAGUUCUAGUUUAAAAAUUAAGGGCUUACAAAAGGUUGAAAUAGUUACACAGAAACAAGAUAUUUUGAAAAAGUCACCAGAAAAAUCGGUUGUCCCUGAUUCUGUUCAAAGUGAACCAAGUUCAGAUGAAGAAACCGAUGGUGAUGUUGCUUCUAACCCAGACACAUUAAAACCUGUUAUGAAAGUUGAUGACUCUCACAAAACUGUUACACCUUCCCAUGAGAAAAUUGAUGAAAUCGUAGCAAAACAAGAUCUUACUCUUGGCGAAAGACUUGUUCAAAUUUCUCCAAAGCUCCUUGAAAUUCACCCCAAGGAAGAAGCAAAGGUUGAAGAUUCUAUUGUUGAAGAAAGUGCCAAAACUGAAAGUUCUACUUUGGGAAUUGAGGGCUUAGAAAAGGCUGAGAAAGAUACGAAGAAACUAGAUAUUUUGAAAAAGUCGCCAGAAAAAUCAGUUGUCCCUGAUUCUGUUCAAAGUGAAACAAGUUCAGAUGAAGAAACCGAUGGUGAUGUUGCUUCUAUCCCAGACUCAUUAAAACCUGUUAUGAAAGUUGAUGACUCUCACAAAACUGUUACACCUUCCCAUGAGAAAAUUGAUGAAAUCGUAGCAAAAGAAGAUCUUACUCUUGGCGAAAGCCUUGUUCAAAUGUCUCCAAAGACCAUUGAAGCAGAGGUUGAAGAUUCUUUUGUUAUAGUAAGGUCCAAAACUGAAAGUUCUACUUUGGGAAUUGAGGGCUUACAAAAGGUUGAGCAAGAUACACAGAAAAUAGAUAUUUUGAAAGAGUCACCAGAAAAAUCGGUUGUCCCUGAUUCUGUUCAAAGUGAAACAAGUUCAGAUGAAGAAACCGAUGGUGAUGUUGCUUCUAUCCCAGACACUUUAAAACCUGUUAUGAAAGUUGGUGACUCUCACAAAACUGUUACACCUUCCCAAGAGAAAAUUGAUGAAAUCGUAGCAAAACAAGAUCCUACUCUCGGCGAAAACCUUGUUCAAAUUUCUCCAAAGCCCCUUGAAAUUCACCCUAAGGAAGAAGCAAAGGUUGAAGAUUCUAUUGUUAAAGAAAGGUGCAAAACUGAAAGUUCUACUUUGGGAAUUGAGGGCUUAGAAAAGGCUGAGAAAGAUACACUGAAACAAGAUAUUUUGAAAAAGUCGCCAGAAAAAUCGGUUGUAACUGAUUCUGUUAAAAGUGAAACAAGUUCAGAUGAAGAAACCGAUGGUGAUGUUGAUUCUAUCCCAGACACUUUAAAACCUGUUAUGAAAGUUGAUGACUCUCACAAAACUGUUACACCUUCCGAUGAGAAAAUUGGUGAAAUCGUAGCAAAACAAGAUCUUACUCUCGGCGAGAGCCUUGUUCAAAUUUCUCCAAAGCCCCUUGAAAUUCACCCCAAGGAAGAAGCAAAGGUUGAAGAUUCUACAGUUAAAGAAAGUGCCAAAACUGAAAGUUUUACUUUGGGAAUUGAGGGCUUAGAAAAGGCUGCGAAUGAUGCACAGAAACUAGAUAUUUUGAAAAAGUCGCCAGAAAAAUUGGUUGUCCCUGAUUCUGUUCAAAGUGAAACAAGUUCAGAUGAAGAAACCGAUGGUGAUGUUGCUUCUAUCCCAGACACUUUAAAACCUGUUAUGAAAGUUGAUGACUCUCACAAAACUUCCCAUAAGAAAAUUGAUGAAAUCGUAGCAAAACAAAAUCUUACUCUUGGCGAAAGCCUUGUUCAAAUUUCUCCAAAGCCCCUUGAAAUUCACCCCAAGGAAGAAGCAAAGGUUGAAGAUUCUAUUGUUAAAGAAAGUUCCAAAACUGAUAGUUCUACUUUGGAAAUUGAGUUCUUACAAAAGGCUGAGAAAGAUACACUGAAACAAGAUAUUUUGAAAGAGUCGCCAGAAAAAUCUGUUCUCCCUGAUUCUGUUCAUAGUGAAACAAGUUCAGAUGAAGAAACCGAUGGUGAUGUUGCUUCUACAGACACUUCAAAAACUUUUAUGAAAGUUGAUGACUCUCACAAAACUGUUACACCUUCCCAUGAGAAAAUUGAUCAAAUCGUAGCAAAACAAGAUCCUACUCUCGGCGAAAACCUUGUUCAAAUUUCUCCAAAGCCCCUUGAAAUUCACCCUAAGGAAGAAGCAAAGGUUGAAGGUUCUAUUGUUAAAGAAAGGUCCAAAACUGAAAGUUCUACUUUGGGAAUUGAGGGCUUAGAAAAGGCUGAGAAAGAUACACUGAAACAAGAUAUUUUGAAAAAGUCGCCAGAAAAAUCGGUUGUAACUGAUUCUGUUCAAAGUGAAACAAGUUCAGAUGAAGAAACCGAUGGUGAUGUUGCUUCUAUCCCAGACACUUUAAAACCUGUUAUGAAAGUUGAUGACUCUCACAAAACUGUUACACCUUCCGAUGAGAAAAUUGGUGAAAUCGUAGCAAAACAAGAUCUUACUCUCGGCGAGAGCCUUGUUCAAAUUUCUCCAAAGCCCCUUGAAAUUCACCCCAAGGAAGAAGCAAAGGUUGAAGAUUCUACUGUUAAAGAAAGUGCCAAAACUGAAAGUUUUACUUUGGGAAUUGAGGGCUUAGAAAAGGCUGCGAAUGAUGCACAGAAACUAGAUAUUUUGAAAAAGUCGCCAGAAAAAUUGGUUGUCCCUGAUUCUGUUCAAAGUGAAACAAGUUCAGAUGAAGAAACCGAUGGUGAUGUUGCUUCUAUCCCAGACACUUUAAAACCUGUUAUGAAAGUUGAUGACUCUCACAAAACUUCCCAUAAGAAAAUUGAUGAAAUCGUAGCAAAACAAGAUCUUACUAUCGGCGAGAGCCUUGUUCAAUUUUCUCCAAAGCCCCUUGAAAUUCACCCCAAGGAAGAAGCAAAGGUUGAAGAUUCUAUUGUUAAAGAAAGUGCCAAAACUGAAAGUUCUACUUAUGGAAUUGAGGGCUUAGAAAAGGCUGAGAAAGAUACAAAGAAACUAGAUAUUUUGAAAGAGUCACCAGAAAAAUCGGUUGUCCCUGAUUCUGUUCAAAGUGAAACAAGUUCAGAUGAAGAAACCGAUGGUGAUGUUGAUUCUAUCCCAGACACUUUAAAACCUGUUAUGAAAGUUGAUGACUCUCACAAAACUUCCCAUAAGAAAAUUGAUGAAAUCGUAGCAAAACAAGAUCUUACUCUCGGCGAGAGCCUUGUUCAAUUUUCUCCAAAGCCCCUUGAAAUUCACCCCAAGGAAGAAGCAAAGGUUGAAGAUUCUAUUGUUAAAGAAAGUGCCAAAACUGAAAGUUCUACUUAUGGAAUUGAGGGCUUAGAAAAGGCUGAGAAAGAUAUAAAGAAACUAGAUAUUUUGAAAGAGUCGCCAGAAAAAUCGGUUGUCCCUGAUUCUGUUCAAAGUGAAACAAGUUCAGAUGAAGAAACCGAUGGUGAUGUUGCUUUUAUCCCAGACACUUUAAAACCUGUUAUGAAAGUUGAUGACUCUCACAAAACUUCCCAUAAGAAAAUUGAUGAAAUCGUAGCAAAACAAGAUCUUACUAUCGGCGAGAGCCUUGUUCAAUUUUCUCCAAAGCCCCUUGAAAUUCACCCCAAGGAAGAAGCAAAGGUUGAAGAUUCUAUUGUUAAAGAAAGUUCCAAAACUGAAAGUUCUACUUAUGGAAUUGAGUGCUUAGAAAAGGCUGAGAAAGAUGCACAGAAACUAGAUAUUUUGAAAGAGUCGCCAGAAAAAUCGGUUGUCCCUGAUUCUGUUCAAAGUGAAACAAGUUCAGAUGAAGAAACCGAUGGUGAUGUUGCUUCUAUCCCAGACACUUUAAAACCUGUUAUGAAAGUUGAUGACUCUCACAAAACUGUAACACCUUCCUAUGAUAAAAUUGAUGAAAUCUUAGCAAAACAAGAUCUUACUCUUGGCGAAAGCCUUGUUCAAAUUUCUCCAAAGUCCCUUGAAAUUCACCCCAGGGAUGAAGCAGUGGUUGAAGAUUCUAUUGUUCAAGAAAGUUCUAAAACUGAAAGUUCUAGUUUAAAAAUUAAGGGCUUACAAAAGGUUGAAAUAGUUACACAGAAACAAGAUAUUUUGAAAAAGUCACCAGAAAAAUCGGUUGUCCCUGAUUCUGUUCAAAGUGAAACAAGUUCAGAUGAAGAAACCGAUGGUGAUGUUGCUUCUAUCCCAGACACUAUAAAACCUGUUAUGAAAGUUGAUGACUCUCACAAAACUGUUACACCUUCCCAAGAGAAAAUUGAUGCAAUCGUAGCAAAACACGAUCUUACUCUCGGCGAAAGCCUUGUUCAAAUUUCUCCAAAGCCCCUUGAAAUUCACCCCAAGAAAGAAGGAAAGGUUGAAGAUUCUAUUGUUAAAGAAAGUUCCAAAACUGAUAGUUCUACUUUGGAAAUUGAGUUCUUACAAAAGGCUGAGAAAGAUACACUGAAACAAGAUAUUUUGAAAGAGUCGCCAGAAAAAUCGGUUGUAACUGAUUCUGUUCAAAGUGAAACAAGUUCAGAUGAAGAAACCGAUGGUGAUGUUGCUUCUAUCCCAGACACUUUAAAACCUGUUAUGAAAGUUGAUGACUCUCACAAAACUGUUACACCUUCCGAUGAGAAAAUUGGUGAAAUCGUAGCAAAACAAGAUCUUACUCUCGGCGAGAGCCUUGUUCAAAUUUCUCCAAAGCCCCUUGAAAUUCACCCCAAGGAAGAAGCAAAGGUUGAUGAUUCUAUUGUUAAAGAAAGUUCCAAAACUGAAAGUUCUACUUUGGGAAUUAAGGGCUUUGGAAAGGCUGAGCAACUAGAUAUUUUGAAAAAGUUGCCAGAAAAAUCAGUUGUCCCUGAUUCUGUUCAAAUUGAAACGAGAUCAGACCAAGAUACUUAUGUUUGUGUGGCUUCUGUCCCAGACACUUUUAAAUCUUUUGAUGACUCUCACAAAUCUUCUGACGAUAAAACUGAUGAAAUCGCAACAGAACAAAAUCUCACUUUUGUCGAAAGUUAUGUUCAAAUAUCUCAAAAGCCCCUUCGGAGUUAUCCCCAAGAUGUAUCCUUUAGAAACUUUAGUAACGUUCAGGAUCUUACUUUGAUUAGCAAAGAUAAGGAUGCUGCUGCUCAUAGAAUUCUUUCUCUUGAAGGUAGCAAGUUUAAGGCAACAGUUGAUGAUGACAAGCUUUCGUUUGAAUUCCUUCCAAAAUCAGACAGUUCUGUUGUUAGUAAAGAUGGCUCAAAAGAGAUUCAAGUACCUAUGAUUCCAGAGUAUGAAAAAACAUCCAUCCCAGACCCAUCACAAUUCGAUAGUAAAGAUUACGUUUCUCAAAAGGUUGUAUCACAGUUUGAAAAGAUUAGUAAGGAAGAGUUAUUAUCAAAUGAAAUGUUAUUCUCUGAUGAUAUUUUAAUUAAUUCUCAAGAGGUAUAUUCAACCCCUAGUAAAAAUGAAACUGAAAGUAAAGACAUUGGUAGUAAAGCUUUGACUCCCAAGUCAGAUGGUGAAGUUUCUGCAAAUAUUGAAGAAUAUAAACAUAAAGAUUUUCCUGCAAUUGGAAAAGAUCAUACAAUUAUACCCGAUACAACAAAAUCUAAGAAACUUCCCUUAAUGCACUUACCUCUAUCUUUGAGAAGAACUUCUUCUUCAGACCAUCCAAAAGAUAAUAGUACUAAGGAAAGUCAAUAUUCUUCUCUGUGUUAUAAAUCUGACUCUUCCAACAGUAUUGAUAGCUUAGAAGCGGAAAACGUUGAAACUGGCAGUAAGAACCAGACGAAAGACAAGUCCCGGGUACCUUUGAGUUAUUUCGUUGAAUUAAAUGCAGAAAAGAGCAAUAUUAGGAAAAAUAAACUUAAACCUGUUGUUAAACCUCCCAAAGAAAAUGUUCGCACUCAAGUUUUGCGGGACUCAAGACCCAAAAAGUCUGAUGAAAAACCACUUAAAAUUAAGCCAGAUAAGAAAUCAAUAAAGCCUACUAAUAUAAAAAUCAAAGACACAGACAUGGUUCCCAUAGAAAAGCAUAGACCUAAAACACCAUCGUCGAGACCUGUUACUUCGAAAAAAAUUGUAGAUAAACCCCGCAACCCAGAAAAACUUAUCAACAAAGAUAACUUAGUCGAGAGCAAAAAGUUGAGUGUUAAGUCUACAACCACUACUCGAACUGAAAACAAAACUGUUACUAAUUUGAAGCAAUCUACCUCAAAACAAAGCUCCUCCCUGCACAGUUACAUGCGUCCCACUCUUUCACAUAAUUUAAAGUCUGGGGUCUACGAAAAAGUUGAUGUGUCCGGAGCUAUUAACAAGAAAGCACUUAGAACCACUAGAGAAAGCUCUUCUGAAUCUUUGAGCAUGGUUUCUGUCAAACUGAGACCUCCUGUGGGACAAACUAAGAAAAAUAUAAGUGUCACCGAUAAGAGCAUCAGUGGUAGCAAAAAGGACCUAAGCAUGGUUCCAAAACCAAAGCAAGAUAUUACUAAAAAGAAACCCCUUGAGAAAAACGUUUCUGGAAUUAAUUCGAAACUAAGUUCUUUCGACAACAAACUUAAUAAAUAUGAAAAGAAGCGUAUACCGACCUCAAUACCAAGUGAAGCUGUCAAAAAGGCAUCUCUUACUCGAAAUACUCUUCAAAAAUCCAACACUAUCAUCAAAGAAACUAAAAAAUCAACCGACAAUUUUAAAGAAACUAAAAAAACUAUACAAAGCGUUUAUUCGAAAAAGGAAACUCAAAAAACCAUUCAACCUCAGUCUAAAAUUCAGAAACCCACAAAUAGCCAAACAAAUGACCAAAAAACUGUGGUAAAAAAGAAUGUUUCCAAAGUUAAAAAAGAACACAACAAGACAGGUAGUAAUCAAAUACAAACAAAUAAGAGUGAAGUGAAGAAAUCAACUCCAAAAUCUAGAACUAUUCAAAGUGAUUCCAAUAAGUCUAAAGCAAGUCCAAUUUCAACACCAAAAGUCAUAAAGGACAAGUUGAACAAAAAUUUGAAGAUCGUGCAAAGCAACAUACCUAGACAAGUUCAGAAAACAAAUACUACAGCAAAAGUCGCGGAUACUAAGUCCGCCACCGCCGCCGCAAAAGAACUGGAAUAUGACAACUUUUCAAGUCAAUCAAACGGAAAGCAAAUGGUGACGAGUGAAGUAUUUACGAAAACCUUUGGCAGUAAGCCACUCGAAGUUAUCUUCCAAAAACCUACAUUCACUGAUGUAGAUGCUAUUUUGGAGAGAAAAAACAGCGAUUGCCGAAACAAUGAAUUCGAAGUCAGCUUUAUAGAUACAACUGAUUCGAGCCUAUCCGAUUCAGUAGCAUUGUCGAUAUUUACCGUCGAUCAUGAUAGCAGACUUCAUAUAAUCAGUCCUGGCUCUCCUAAGCCUACCAAAGAUCCAUUGCUUUUAAUGGAGGAAGAAAUAGAAAAACGACAUCUCAAUGUUUGCAUAGAUGAGAACGGAAUUGUUUCGUUUAAGGACAUAGAUACGUUCAGCAAAUUUAAGGAUAACAAAGAUGAGCUUCCAAUUUUUUCUCAAGACACUGAAGCUAAAGAAACAAUAAAGGCAGUUAAUUAUGAAGAUGAUAAAACAGAACAACAACAACAACACAUCGAUGAUAUUAAAUCCCCUGAAGAACAUGAAAUGAAUAUUAUCCGUGAGGAAGCUUCGAUACUUAUAAAAAACGUCCUAGAAGAGAGUGUUAAUAUUGUAAACAAUAGACAACAAAUUUUAACAGAUUCAGAACUAGAAAGCCAAAACUAUCUAAAUUCCAAAAAGGAAAUGUCCAUAUCCGAAGGCAGUCCAACUGAAUCAAUGUCUAAAAUUUUAAACGAUGGUGACAAUGUUAAUGGCCUUUCGAUUAGUGAGAAUAAUUAUACAUUUGUAAUGCAGAAGUCUGAAACAAUAUCAACAGGCACGACAGUACUACCACCAUCCUCAUCCGACAGCCUUAAGGAAUACAGAGUAGAGAAAAAGUUUCAAAAACUUUCCUCCCAGGUCGAAAACAUCGAUAAAAACGUCGAAAGUUUCGAUCAAACAUUUGAUUCUAUUGUUCAUGAAGAUGAAAUUAGUAGCCUCCAUCAAGACUUUUCAAAAAUCAGUUGGAACGAAAGUAUAUCUGCGACUACAAGUACCAUAGCAGACAUUGAGCAAAGCACACCAGAUACUGAUAUUCAGGACUUUCUCACAGACACAGGAGGAGAAAACAUCCAACGCGAUAUCAGUGAGGAAAUGCCGCUCGAAAUGAAUGUCUUGGAACUAGACAGUACCCCGCGUCCAACACCACGUAAAUGUCUGACAAGCUCCGAACAAACUGCCGCAGAAAUACCAUCCGAAGAACUCAAAGAAAAGGAAUAUCCAAGCAAAGAUAUACCAAUACCACAACCUAGGCAGAAAUUUAUAACAGAACCCACAAGAGAUGCCUUAAGUAAAAACAUAGAUCAAUUGGUAGUUGAAGAUUCAAAUAAAUUAGUUCAAGAAACAAAGGAAGAAGUUUCUGUUGAACUGGACAUUCUUUCGGAACAAGAAGACCAGUCCUCCAUAAAUGCAACAGAAGCCAAUAGUAAGAAACAGGAGCUAAGUUUGGUCUAUGAUAAUGAAGAUCAGUCGCUCACAGAUACAGAAAACCUUCCUGUCGAAAACAUCACUAUUCAAAACGGAGAGAGUCUACAUUCUUUGAAUCAAAUAGAUCCUUCUAUUUCUUGCGAAUCAGCCCCUCUCGAAGAGGAAUAUGGAUUCACCACAUCAUCAAAAAUGUCCUUAUCACCGAUUCAUGCACAAUUAGAUGAUGUUUUCCCAUCCGAUCGCAUAGAGCCAACUUUGGAAUUUGUAGAGGACUACCAUUUAACUGCAUUGGAACCUUCUGUAACUAAAAGUUUUAAAAGGUCACCUAGUUUAUCGGAUUCCCUCACCAAACUGAUAAAUGUGGAUUCAUUCGAGGAUGAUAAGUCUGAGAAGAGUGGGGAAAAAGAUAGCAACGAGGCGCAAACAAGUUUUUACAUCGGAGAAUCGAGUACCAAUAUUAUAGUUAAAUCAAGAUCCUCUCAAUAUGAUGAUGAUGGAGAAAGUGGUGGAGAAAGUCUUUUGAAGGACGGUGAUGAUGCCCAAGAGACAGAUGAUGUGGAAGACACUUUUGCCGAAGAAAUUUCGCAUGGUCAAUCAAAGUCAGGAACUGAAUACAGCCCAUCACUAGUUGUCCGUCAAGGAUCGGAAACACGUAAUGAUAUAUUAGAAAUUGAAAAUGAACAGCAAAGAUCAGUCCUCGAUGAUACAAAUCGAUCUGAAUUGCCGGUUGAUACUGAGGAACCAGCAUCAGCUUCUGAAGUCAAGGACUCCUCUUUACUUGACGAAGCUGUCCUGGAUCCAACCAAAGAUCUUGAAGAGUCACAGACACAUGGUACAGAAACUCAGGCACAAUCUAAAGCCGCCAAAUUGGAUCUUUUGUUGGACAAGAGUGAGCUUGAGCUGUCCGAAAAGCGUACCCUACCAGCUGUAAGCAAACCCACUGACUCGAUUGUGGAGACUUCAUCAAAGACCGAUGCGCACUUACCUGAUAAACUUUUAGUAGAACGCACAUUGGAAGAAGUUGAAAUGUCAUUAGAUGCAGCAAAAGAGGAGCUCAUUCAAGUUGUCCGAGAUGGAAAAGCUAUAAAAGAGUCACCGUCUGAAUUUGAAUUCAAGAAUAUUUCCCACUCAAAGCUCCAUAUGGACGAGGGAGAUGAUAAGUGCGAAAGUCUAAUAGCUCCAACAGUGCUAGAUGAUAUUCAAGAAACCAGCGAUUUAUUGGAAGACCAUGAGAGCAAUGAUAAAAAAGAUAACAUUGAAAACGCUUCGAAUAUUGAAAGUUCAGAAACUGUUGCUGAACCAACAGAUCAAAAUGUUGAUAAGCCUUUAAGUCCCGUAAACAAUAGGUGGUCCUUACAUGAUCUGGAUACUUCAAGCUCAAGUGAAAGCUACUACAAAAGUGUGAGCAGACCGUGCUCUUCUGACUUUGACACUGUUCAGACAUUCCAUACCUCUUCGGAAUAUCAAACAGCAGUAGAUGCAUCGAUGUGCAGGGGAUCAACGGAAUAUAUAAGCGCAAUGGGUACUCUGGAAAGCAGUGGAAAAACCAUAAGUUCUCGUGAAAGUAUGAAAAGUUUGAGCUCUGAGGCUUCCGGAAAUUUGGGAAGCAUUGAUACAUCAGAGUUAUCCGAAACAUUAGUUGCAUCUAUUGGAGACCAAGACAUUGAAAUAGAAAUAGAAAGUGAAGGCUUCGAAGCCCUCGAACUAGACCAGAUGAUGCACUCACAUCAAGUCGAAUUUGAAGCACAACAAUCGUGUAUGAAAAGAUCUCAAGAAAUGAUAUUUACAAAAGAAGAAGUCACCCCUGAAAUUUCAACGUCAGAUUCAAAGAAACAACUUGAAGGUAAUAUCGAGAGCUUUGAAUCUAAAGAUGACCAAAUAAUAGCUUCUAGCUUGGAGGAAAGUAGCAUUUUAUCAAUGUCUAGUGCAUCUACAAUAAAUACGGUUGUGAAUAACUUUGAAGAUUUGAUUGGUUCAGCAGGUUCAUCAUCGUUAGCAGGCAUUGAAAUGUUCGGAUCAUUUAAUACAGAAGAAUCUAUUUUGCAAUUCGAUGACCCGAAUUAUGUAACCACUGAAGUAACUCCCAGUGAAAUAGAUCCCUUAGAUAAGGCCUCAAGCUCUGAAGAACCACGUCGCAGAGGGCAUAAGCGACAUGAGAGUACUUCAGUUAGUAAUGAGCUCGUAAAAAACUUACUGGAAGAAGAAUCUGAGAGCACAACGCUCAUAGAAAGCAAAGAACAAAAAACAGAUAGCUCUAGCGGUCUAGGUGGAAGCGAUGAUCCCAAAGGUAGUGGAUCAGAGUCCGAUCAUGAUCCAUAUGAAUCAGAAUACUCAAGAGCAUUUAAGUCUCCUUCUCAGAGAAAGAAAAAGAAAGAGAAAAAACCAACAGAUCCCUUAGAAGAAUGCCAAGAAAGUGUCUUGGGACCAUUGCACUUAGCUGCACAGACCAUUAUCGAAGAUGCUGUUACUGAAGAACUUGAAUCUCAAAUAAUUGCUGAAGAAGAAAGACGUCCAUCUCAAAAUAUGCAAGACUAUUCUAAAAUUCCAGACAUUACCGUCACGGAAGAAAUUUCCAAGUUCACAGAGGUACACGAUGAUUUUCCUGAUAGUACUUUGUACAAAGUAAAGACUCAAGAUGAAUUGAAUAAAGUUGAAGACACGCCGAUUCCACGAACAGUUGAAUCUGCAUAUUCCAUAGCCGAUGAACAAUUUAAUGUACUUGUUCAACAACAAUACAAGCAAAAACUAGCCGACUUAAACGAAGACAAUGACUUUGAUAACAGAGCACCUGAUUCGCCGGAUUCAUUUGAAAUGGUUGAUCAACCAGACCUUUCAGAUGAAUUUGUAAUAAUAGAAGAAGUAGCUAAGGAAGCAAGUGAGUUCGAUGUUGAAGGGAAAAGCAUAAAAAUUAGCUCAAGUAAAGCAAUUAAAAAGCACGAUGAAGAAGUAGAACAAAUUUUAAUAAAAUCAGCCCCAGCUGCUACGAAUUUGGGAUCACAAAUUUUCCGCGAUGACCUCAAUUUUGAAUUUGAAGAAAGCCCACCCUCAGCACAGUCGCAAGCUGAACAAGAAUCUGCUGAAAUGGCUGCAAAUAAGAAAUGGGUAGAAAUGCAGUUGUCUGAUCAUGCCGCCCAACUCCGAUAUCCCUACGAACUGGAAAGGGGGGUUCUGGAAGAUAUCAAAGAGGAAGACGCUGAAUUUGAAGUUGGAAGCAGUCGAAUAAGUAGUUUUAAGGAUUCAUUUUCAAGCACACCCGAUUAUGAUGUCCUAGCUGGAAGAAAAUACUUUUCAAAAGCCGAAAAUGAUAACAUUUCAAUGAGCAGUUUGCAAGAAUUUGAAAGCCUUGAACAAGCGAUAUCACUCGAAAACCGAAGAAUUUACCAUGGCUCAACGGAUUCAAGCAAUGGGAGUUUCACCAGACGAUAUACCAUCAAAAAUGCAUGUGGUGACGAUAUAUCUUUGUCGAGUUUAAAAGAAUUUGAGGGCUUAGAAAACGCAUGCAUCGAAGCUCAUUUGAUCGAAAUCAAAGCAAAAGAAGAAGCUGCUUUGCUUCUUUCUCGAUCAGAUGAAUCAAAUAAGUCUAACAAUGGAAGUGAAACCACCACCCAAAAUGUCGUUGUUUCCAAAUUAAAAACCAUCACCUUGCAGUCGAUACCAAAGGAGAGUGUUGAAGCUAUUCUGAAGUCGAAGCUUGAAGAAUGUGAAGACUCAAAGGCCAAUAUAAUGGAGACGUCUAUAGACAGUCUUGAGAUGGAAGGAGAAGCAUCUAGAAACAAAUUUGGAUAUGAAGUAUCCGAGCACGGAAGCGCUGAUAGUUUGGAAAUAAACAAGAGUGUAGAGCUCGUUACGAGUAGUAUAGACUCGUUCGAUAUAUCUAAGGAAAUUACAACAAAAUCUGAUGCCGACUCGCUCGAGCCAAUAUCAAAUCGAGAAAGUGUUGAUUCUAUUGAAGUAGAACAAAAACAACAAGCUUCAUUAACAGGCACCGGUACAGAACCCGAAAUCUCACCAAAUACCGCCGUAUCUGUAGCUGAGGAAACCUACCAGGCCACUAGUAGCGAAUUAGCAGCCCAAUUAAGCACGAGUAUCAGCAUUCCAGCGAAUUCGAGCCGAUUGUCUAUGGAUAUGUCGAAUGACUCUUUGAAUUUGUGCGUUGAACAAACGAGCUCGGCUGCCACCAAUGCAACAUAUUGUAAUGAAGGUGAUUCAAUGAUGUCAGACAGCAUGACAAGUUGUGCAUCUAGCACUCUUAUUGAAGACUCUGUUUUCCCUGUUGCGAAUCAAUCUUUUGCAUUGCAUUCACACACUGAAAAUUUUUAUUUUGAAGACGAAUCGCUCCCUGCGACCUAAAGAACUGUAGAUGAAAGCGGAAAAAAAUCUGAAACGAAACCAUAAAAAGGUACUUUACAUCAUUUUACAAUGAAGAACGUGAAACAUAGCUUUCUUAGAGAUUUUUGAUACGAUAAACAGCUGCACAAGCCACACAAUAAAAUAAAUUGGAAUCAAUACUCGAAUGAACCAUAAUGUUAAUUGAAAUUCCAGAAUACAUAUACCUACAUUUUUGUAAUAAUUUGUUUAUUUAAUUUUUGUAUUUUUAAAACAAUAUUGCUAAAGAUUUAUUGAUGAAACAAAAAAAAAAUGGAAUUAUCAUUUGUUAUAUGUAUUUACAAAUUAUUAAUUAUAAUUAUGAUCCCUCCUUAAGGUGUAUAUUUUUUUUUAAAACCUUCAAAUUAAGAAUUAAAAAAAUAAUUACCUGCCUAACAUUAUUUCUUUAGCUCAAAUUAGUUUACUUUGUGUCUGAAUUAGGGGAAAAAAACAAA